AUGCAGCGCAGCAGCAGCAGCAAGAGUGCCUCAGGGCAGCGGAGAGAGCAGCAGCAAACGCAUUCUUUGCUGCUGCAGCAGCUGCUAGAUGCAGCGCAGCAGCAGCAGCAAGAGUGCCUCCGGGCAGCGGAGAGUGAAGUUAAGGCAUCUCGUGAGGACUGCAGCAAGAAGCAGCAGCAGCUGCAGCAGGAUGUGCAUGCAUUGGCAGCUGCUGCUGCUGCUGGUGGUGCAGCAGCUGAGCAGCAGCUGCAGCAGCUGCAGCAGCAACUAAAAGAGAAAGCAGCAGCACUGCAGCAGCAGCGAGAGGCAGCAGCAGCAGCACUUGCAGCAGCAGUGCAGCAGCAGCUGGAUGUCUUUGUUAAGGGGCAGCAGCAAGCAGCAGAGCAGCAGCAGCAGCUGCUGCUGCAGCAGAUAGCUGCAGCACAACAACAGCAGCAGCAGCAACAAGCAGCAUGUAAAGCAGCAGGAGACGCAGCAGCCUCAGCUGCUGCUGCUGCUGCUGCAGCAGCAGAUGAAUUGUCUAUCAAUGCUACAAAGCUGCUGCAGGAUGCUGCUGCUGCUGCUGCUGCUGCUGCAGCGCAGCAGCACAAAACACUAACAGCAGCAAAAAGAGAAGAAACAGCAGCAACGCAGCAGCAGAUUCAAGCAGCAAAAGAUAUGUGUAAAGACACUGCACAACAAGCAGAAACGGGUCAGAACGAGCUGCUGCAGUGUCUCAGCUCGCUGCAGCAGCAGCAGCAGGAGACAGCAGCAGCAGCAAAAGCUGCUGCAGCAGAGCUGGAAGCAGCAGCAGCACGUGACCGUCAGCAGCAGCAGCAGUUCGCAGCAGCAGCAGCAGCAGCAAUCGAUGCUGCAGCAGCAGCAGCAAACUGCAGCAGCACAAAAACAGCAGCAGCAGCAAAAGCAGCAGCUCAUUCUGCUUCAGCUUUCGCAGCAGACGUGGAGCAGCAGGUGCUGCAGGGUGAGGCGGAUUUAUCUCUCGCGUUUGCUCGGGCCCCAUCAUUAAAACGAGAGGAAGUGUAA